AACAUUUUUGCUGUUACUGAUUUUGGUGCAAGCUAUAAAUUUUAAAGCAGGGGAUUAGUAAGUGAAUUCGACCUCGAAAUCGAUGAUUCUAAAUAGUGCCAUCGUUUCUGGCGCGUUUUUCAAAGGGAUAUAACCAAAUUGUGCAAGGUUUUUGUAACUGCUGCUACUAAUACGAACUAGAGAGGAAUCUUCUGUAAGCUGCUCGAUCUGUUAGAAGUAACAGCCAAUAAUCCAUUAAACCACACCCCACAAUCUAAAACAAAAAUAAUAAUAAUAAUAACUGAAAUAAAAAUAAUAAGAAAAAGACUGGAACGCAUUUGCUUUCUCUGCGUGACAUCUUAAGCUAUUUUCUCCAGCCUCGAGUUGACUUAUACCAUCUAAGAGAAACUAGGUAGACAGAAAAUAUAUGCUAGCCCAGUGAUGGGAAAACUAAGACUGGCAGGACUUUCUGCAUGGUACGCAAACGAAAAAUUAUUUCAAAUUUCUUUAUUUAGUAGUGCGGCCCGCUACUCGACAAAGGUCACCCAUACCUGUGCAGCUUCGAGUUGACCUACAACUUGUAAGUGAAACUACGUAAACGAAAACUAUAUACCUAACCCAUCGGGUAGAUUGUGCUUGUAAUUCAAAAUUCCUGCCUUGUCGCGUUCUACGUGUGCUACACCGAUUCUGCCUGAGAAUCACGAUAAAGAUACAUGAAAAUGUGGAAUGCUCAGCCACACUUUAAUACAGAAACAGACCCUGCUGACCGUACAAUUGAAUCGUAAUUGUCGAACGACGGAGAUCCAACAGAAUCACCGCCUCUCCUACUACUACUAAAAAUUUUCAAACACUACUACUACUACCGCCACGAACAUUUCGCAAGCAGUUACCUAACUUGUUUAUCUGUCCUCUUUUAUCCUCCUCGCCCAAAUUCCAUUCGUGGAUUUCAAAAAAGAAACUGACAUAUACACACACGUUUCAACUAAGAAAUUUCGAUUCCAUGGACCAAAGACUGCAUCAUAUCUGUACAGUGAGGUAAGAAGAGGUUCAUAAAGAACCACGCCGGCAUCGCACCCUUCACUUCCCUGUGUGUUGUUGUUGUAGAGUAUACACACACGUAUAUGUAAAUACCCCAUAGAAAUAUAAAAAUCUAAGUCAGCUCUUCCUGUCUACUACAUUCCGAUUAUCCAGCUUGUCAGUCUCUUUUACCUCUGUAGUUAUGCUGCCUUUUCUGAGGUAUAAAUGCCGCUGUAGUUUUAGAUGUACCCCAGAAUCUUACAAUUCGUUAUCGGUCAUGGGAAGUUUUAUAAAAGAUGCUGCCGGUAAAAAUGAUACAGACUUGCUGCAGGUUGCUCUAUCUGGCUUCCAUGGAGAGUUCUGUAGUGAUGACUUAAAUGAAGCAUUAAUCAGAGCAGCAAACUCUGGUCAUUAUGAAUGUGUACAGCUGUUAUUGGAUGCAGAAGCAGAUGUGGACACUGUAGAUUUAGAUGGAGACUCCAGCCUGAUAUUAGCUUCUACCAAAAAUUUUCUCAAGGUUGCCAAACUUUUGAUUAAUUAUGGCUGCAAUAUUAACUUGGCCAGUCAUUGUGGGCAAACUGCUCUCCAUAUGGCUGCUUACCACCAAAACAAACAACUGGUUGAGCUACUCUUGAGCACCAGCAGUGACGUUAAUAUGAAGAAUCGCUAUGGCGACACACCUCUAAUUUUGGCUGUUAUGGUCAACAGCAUUGAGAUAACCAAACUGUUAAUUAAAUCUGGUGCAGACGUCAAUGCAAGCAAUUUGGAUAACGCAACUUCACUACACUCUGCUGCGAAGAACGGGACUGUGGAAUUAACAGAAUAUCUCAUAAAUUCUGGUGCCGACAUCAAUGCUCAAAACAUAUGGGGUUACACACCACUUUUGCAGGCCUCCAUGGAGAACCGUCCAGAAAUCGUACAAAUGCUUAUAGACUUCAAUUGUGAUGUCCACUGCUCAUGUCAUGCAAAGAAGACAUCAUUGCAUUAUGCUGCAAACAAGGGACAUGCUGAAUGUGUAAGAAUUUUACUGGCAGCUGGUUGUAACCCCAACAAAUGUGAUUUUCAUGGCAGCACACCGCUAAUGGAAGCUGCUGUGUAUGCCCGUACUGAUGUCAUAAAGUUACUUCUUCAUGCUGGUGGGGAUGCUACAAUUAAAGGGGGUACAGCACUAGCUGGCAGAUGGACAAAAGCUCUUCCAUUUAGAGCAGCCCUGUCCCAUGGGAAUCUUGAACUUACAAAAGUUCUGUUUCUUGCCGGUGGGAUCAGUCUUUCGGAACUGCAGUCAGUAGUGCAUUCAGGGGUUAUUUCGAAACAGACAGAAAGCAUUGUGAUAAAGGAGUGGCUACAACAGGUAGCCUCCACACCACUCGCCCUCUCACACUUGUGUCGGUUGAUCAUUCGCCAGUCAAUGUGUGCACCAGUGGCGAAAUGGACUCAUCUUCUUCCCAUUCCCAAGACACUGCAGGAUUACCUCAACUAUAUGGACAUACAAUGAGUUACACUUAAUGUAAAACACUGCCAACAUCUAAACAUACUCAAACCUUUUGCUCUAUAUAGAUGGGGAAAUCAGUGAGAGGUGAGUUUGUGUGAUACACAAAGAUACUGAACUUCAAAUAAAUUUGAUUCUGUUUGUCUCUUUUUUUUUUGGAAACAAAAUUUUCAAUUGUGAAAAAAUUUAAUAAAAUUGUUUUGUUUUUUAAA